UCCGUGAUGUGGAAAGCACGAGCUCAGCCGUGCCUGUGUGCGUGCUCGCGAAAGCUACGCAUUGAUUCCUUUUUCUGAUGUAUUAUUAAUUUUUGUUGUUGUCUUCCUUCUUUAUUUCUUACUUUCUUUCCUUCCCGCGUGCGUUACACCGCCGCGCAUCACGAGCGCGUGCGUUUCCGAGGCAUCGCCGUACUCUCUCGCGCGCGCUCGCUGCUACAGUAUGCUACAGUAUGUGCGUCUCUGGCGCGUGAGUGAGCGUGUGUGCACGUGCGCCGUUUUGCGUGUGUGUGCGCAUGUUUAGUGCGUGCUUGUUUACUGCGUCCACGUUCGGCGUCGCUCAGUCCCUUACCUGAAACAAGAGCUGUUCUCUCUCUCUCUCUCCCUCUCUCUCUUUCUCUCUCUCUCUCUCACACACACACUCACACUCACACACACUUCGAGGUUUCCGAGGCUUUGAUCUCUCCUUUAUUCCAACUUGGAGCUCGUUUGAGGAAGUUUUCUGUCUUUUUUUUAAUUUCUUAUUUUCCUGGGACAAAUGGGAUGCUGAAGACGGAACGAAAGCAGGUGAAAGGCAUCUCUGAGCACACCCGCUAGCUGAUUGAGUGACUGAGGUGUGUGUGUGUGUGUGUGUGUGUGUGUGUGUGUGUGUGUGUGUGAGAGAGUGUGAGAGCGUGAGCGUGAGCGUCAUGCAUGCAGGAUGGAUGUGAAGGAGCGCAGGCCGUACUGCUCGCUGAGGGAGAGUCGCAGAGAGAAAGACAGACGCUUUACACACUCGUCUGGAGGAGAAAACGACGAGUGUCGUGUCCCCACACAGAAAUCCUACAGCUCGAGCGAAACACUCAAAGCCUUCGAGCACGACUCACAACGUCUGCUGUACAGCAGCCGUGCUAAAGAGAGAGAACACCGGGACACGGACGAGUACGCCCGGCCAGGGCAGAACUUCACCCUGAGGCAGUUGGGAAUCUGUGAUCCGGCCACGCGUCGUGGGUUAGCGUUCUGCUCUGAGAUGGGCCUCCCCCAUCGUGGGUACUCGGUUGGUACAGGCUCGGAGCUGGAUGCUGACAAUCAGGCCGUGAUGUCACCGGAUCGCGCCAUGCGUCUGUGGGGCGGGGGAGUCAAGUCCGCACGCAGCUCCUGCCUGUCGAGCCGAUCCAAUUCAGUGCUCACGCUCACAGACACCGAGCACGACAACAAGUCCGACAGCGACAAUGGUUCUCCCAUGCCAUCCCCUCUCUGCAGUCCAUCUGAUCACUCACUUCAUCAUCCGCCUCGCAGCGCAGAGUCCGAGUCGGACGACGAGCUCACACACACACACUGCAGAGAGCACACACACACUGCAGCCCAUGAGCAAGUGGCCAAUCAGCAUCACCAGGGCCCCUCGGCUCCUCCCACCUUGCCUCCGGCUCCUCCCCCUCACAAGCCGUUGGUGACGGCGUUGAACCACAGCUCAGUGAUUGGCCGGCGGAACGGAAGCCCCGCCCCUCCCCCGCCCGCCGAGCUGCCCACCACACCCGAGUCCGUCCCGCUGCAGGACAGCUGGGUCCUGGGCAGCAAUGUGCCACUGGAGAGCCGAAAAUUAACAAAGCAAGCAGUUCUCCAAAACGGCCAUGAGAGCCUGAUAGAGAUGGAUGCGUUGAAUCCCGUGAGCCACGAGGGCAGCUAUGGAGAUGGGCACUUCCUCUUUAAGACAGGCACAGGAACGACCCCUCUGUUCAGCACGGCCACUCCGGGCUACACCAUGGCUACGGGGGCGGUGUAUUCGCCCCCCACGAGGCCCCUGCCCCGAAACACGCUGUCCCGCAGCGCCUUCAAGUUCAAAAAGUCGUCGAAGUACUGCUCGUGGAGGUGCACGGCUCUCAGCGCGGUCGCCGUGUCCGUCCUGCUGUCCAUCAUCCUCUGCUACUGCGUCUCGAUGCAUCUGUUUGGAUUGAACUGGCAGCUGCAGGAAACGGAUAAUUUUGCGUUCGAGAAUGGACAGGUCAAACCGGACGGCACAACAUCUAACGGAGUUACCACACUGUCAGCUGAGCACGGUAAAGGGGGUGUGUAUGUUCAGGAGAAUAACACUAUAGACACAGGUGAGGUGGAUGUGGGGAGACGGGCGGUGCAGGAUGUUCCUCCCGGAAUGUUCUGGCGUUCUCAGCUCUUCAUUGAUCAGCCACAGUCGCUCAAGUUCAACAUCUCGCUGCAGAAAGACGCCCUUGUCGGAGUGUAUGGACGUAAAGGCCUGCCGCCGUCACACACACAGUACGACUUCGUGGAGCUGCUGGACGGCAGCCGAUUGAUCUCGAAGGAGAAGCGAGGCCUGGUGGAGAUGGAGGGAUCCCUGAGGAGAGCGAGAUCGGUGAAUGUCCAUGAGGCCGAGUUCAUCCGUUUCCUCGACUCGGGGAUCUGGCACCUGGCCUUCUACAAUGACGGAAAGAACACCGAGCAAGUCUCCUACAACACCAUCAUUAUCGAUUCUGUGACAGAGUGUCCACACAAUUGCCAUGGCAACGGAGACUGUCGCUCAGGAACGUGUCAUUGUUUCCCAGGGUUCCUUGGGCCUGACUGUUCACGAGCUGCGUGCCCAGUGUUGUGUAGUGGGAAUGGACAGUACUCCAGGGGGCGCUGUCUGUGCUACAGCGGCUGGAAAGGCACCGAAUGUGACGUUCCAAACAACCAGUGCAUCGACAUCCAUUGUGGAGGCCAUGGCAUCUGCAUCAUGGGCGCAUGUGUGUGCAACUCCGGGUACAAGGGCGAUAACUGCGAGGAAGUGGACUGUGUUGAUCCAUCGUGUUCAGGCCGGGGUGUGUGUAUCCGAGGUGUGUGUCACUGUAACGCCGGGUUUUCAGGCCCGAGCUGUGAGCUGCAGAAAGCCCUCUGUCCUGAACAGUGUUCUGGUCACGGAAAGUUCCAAAGCGACAGCGGAACCUGCACCUGUGAUGAGAACUGGACUGGACCGGACUGUGCUAUCGAGGUGUGUGCGGUGGACUGCGGCACACACGGAGUGUGUAUGGGCGGGAGCUGCCGCUGUGAGGAAGGCUGGACCGGGUCAGUGUGUGAUGUGAAGGCGUGUCACCCGCGCUGCACUGAACAUGGAACCUGCAAAGACGGCAAGUGUGAGUGUCAUCAGGGCUGGACCGGAGAGCACUGCACUGUGGCUCACCCGGAGACGUAUGUCCAAGGAGAGAGGAUAGGAUUUAAAGAGGGAUGCCCGGGUCUAUGUAACAGUAAUGGCCGCUGCACUCUGGAUCAGAACGGUUGGCACUGUGUGUGUCAGCCUGGAUGGAGGGGGGCUGGCUGUGACGUCGCCAUGGAAACCCUCUGCGCAGAUGGCAAGGACAACGAAGGAGACGGCCUAGCGGACUGCAUGGACCCGGACUGCUGUCUCCAGACCACGUGUGUGUCACAGCCGUUUUGCCGUGGGUCUCCUGACCCUGCUGACAUCAUCACCCAUGGCCAAUCAGCUUCUCCUCAGCAGGCGGCGCAGUCCUUCUACCAGCGAAUCAGCUUUCUGCUCGGGCCAGAGGGCACACACAUUAUCACGGGAGAGAACCCAUUCAACAAGAGCCUGGCGUCUAUAAUCCGAGGUCAGGUACUGACUGCAGAUGGAACUCCGCUGAUCGGAGUGAACGUCUCCUUCGUAAAUUUCCCCGACCAUGGAUACACCAUCACCCGACAGGACGGCAUGUUUGACAUCCUGGCCAAUGGCGGUGCGUCUCUGACCCUGAGUUUUGAACGCUCUCCAUUCCUGCCUCAGCAGCGCACCGUGUGGUUGCCAUGGAACGUUUUUUACGUGAUGGACACGCUGGUGCUGAAGAAGGAGCAGAACGACAUUCCCAGCUGCGACCUGAGCGGAUUUGUGAGGCCCAGCCCACUCAUCGUGACCACGCCCCUUUCUACCUUCUUUAGAUCUGCACCUGAGAACGGACCCAUCAUCCCAGAGACACAGGUUCUCCAGGAGGACACGGCCAUCCCCGGGAGCGACCUGAACCUGGUGUACCUGAGUUCUCGAGCAGCCGGGUAUCGCCCGGUCCUGAAGGUCACCAUGACCCAGUCCACCAUUCCCUUUAACCUGAUGAAGGUUCACCUGAUGGUGGCUGUGGUGGGACGACUCUUCCAGAAGUGGUUCCCUGCGGAACCCAAUCUCUCCUACACCUUCAUCUGGGACAAAACUGACGCCUACAACCAGCGUGUGUACGGCCUGAGCGAGGCGGUCGUGUCGGUGGGGUUUGAGUACGAGUCAUGUUUGGAUCUGAUCCUGUGGGAGAAGAGGACCGCAGUCCUGCAGGGUUAUGAGCUGGACGCCUCCAACAUGGGCGGCUGGACGCUAGACAAACACCACGUGCUGGACGUCCAGAACGGUAUUCUGUAUAAGGGCAAUGGGGAGAAUGUGUUCAUUUCCCAGCAGCCCCCUGUGAUCAGCAGCAUCAUGGGGAAUGGGCGGAGGCGCAGUAUCUCCUGCCCCAGCUGUAACGGUCAGGCCGAUGGGAACAAGCUUCUGGCGCCGGUGGCUUUGGCCUGCGGAUCGGACGGCAGCAUCUACGUGGGAGAUUUUAACUACAUCAGACGCAUCUUUCCUUCAGGAAACGUCACCAGCGUGAUGGAGCUCAGAAAUAAAGACUUCAGACACAGCAACAAUCCAGCGCAUAAGUACUACCUGGCGACGGAUCCGAUGUCAGGGCAGCUGUACGUGUCCGAUACGAACUCACGGCGGAUCUUCAGACCUAAAGUUCUGACAGGGGUGAAGGAGCUGCUGCAGAAUGCUGAGGUGGUGGCAGGAACUGGAGAGCAGUGUUUACCUUUCGACGAGAACCGCUGUGGAGAUGGAGGGAAGGCCAAUGAGGCCCUGCUGCUGGGUCCUAAAGGUAUUGCUGUGGAUAAAAAUGGAUUAAUCUACUUUGUGGACGGGACGAUGAUCCGCAAAGUCGACCGCAACGGCAUCAUAUCCACACUGCUUGGGUCAAACGAUCUGACCUCUGCACGACCUUUGACCUGUGACACCAGCAUGCAUAUUGGGCAGGUGCGAUUGGAGUGGCCAACAGACUUGGCCAUCAACCCCAUGGAUAAUUCGAUUUAUGUGCUAGACAACAACGUUGUUCUUCAGAUCACGGAGAACCGGCAGGUGCGCAUCGUAGCGGGACGUCCCAUGCACUGUCAAGUUCCAGGCAUCGAGUACGCGCUGGGAAAACGUGCCAUCCAGACCACCCUGGAGGGGGCCACUGCCAUCGCCGUGUCCUUCAGCGGCGUGCUGUAUAUCGCCGAGAGCGAUGAGAAGAAGAUCAACCGUGUACGACAGGUGAGCACAGACGGAGAGAUCACGCACCUGGCGGGGGCGCCAUCCGAGUGUGACUGCAAGAACGACGCCAACUGUGACUGCUACCUCACGGGAGAUGGCUAUGCUAAAGAUGCUAGGCUAAAUGCCCCGUCCUCGCUCAUCGUCUCUCCUGAUGGGACUCUGUACGUUGCCGAUUUGGGCAACAUCCGUAUCCGAGCCAUUUCACGAAACCGUCCUCCUCUUGCAUUGUCUGGAUUUUAUGAGGUGGCGUCUCCGGCUGCGCAGGAGCUCUACAUUUUUGAUGUGAACGGCACGCAUCAGCACACCAUGAGCCUCGUUACUGGGGACUACGUGUACAACUUCAGCUACAGCAACGAGGGUGACGUCACCGCCGUCGCCGACCGCAACGGCAACACGCUGCGCGUCCGCCGGGACCCCAAUCGCAUGCCUGUGCGCCUCGUCGCCCCCGACAACCAGGUGAUCUGGAUCACCAUCAGCACCAAUGGAGGUCUAAAAACGCUGACGGCGCAGGGGCAGGAACUUACGCUCUUCACCUACCACGGCAACAGCGGCCUACUCGCCACCAAGAGCACCCAGAUCGGCUGGACCACCUUCUACGACUAUGACAGUGAGGGACGGCUGACAAACGUCACCUUCCCUACAGGUAUUAUCACCAGUCUGAUUGAGGAGAUGGACCGAGCGCUCACAGUGGACAUCGAGACCUCCGGGAGAGACGAUGACGUUAGCAUCACCACUAACCUCUCCUCCAUCGACUCUUUCUACACCCUUGUACAAGAUCAGUUGAGGAACAGUUAUCAGGUGGGUUAUGACAGCUCUCUGAGGGUCAUUUACGCCAACGGUAUGGACUCGCACUACCAGACCGAGCCUCACAUCCUGGCGGGUGCAGCGAACCCUACAGUGGCCCGGAGGAACAUGAGCCUGCCUGGAGAAAACGGCCAGAACCUGGUGGAGUGGAGAUUCAGAAAAGAGCAGACUCGAGGCAAGGUCAUAGUGUUCGGACGAAAGCUGAGGGUAAACGGGAGGAACCUGCUGUCGGUGGAUUACGACCGAACUCUGAGGACGGAGAAGAUUUACGAUGAUCACCGUAAGUUCCUGCUGAAGAUCGUGUACGACACGGCGGGUCACCCUACACUGUGGGUUCCCAGCAGUAAACUCAUGUCGGUGAACCUGACCUACUCGAGCAGCGGUCAGGUGACAAGCAUCCAGCGAGGGGCCACUGUGGAGAGGGUGGAGUACGACAGCCAGGGGCGCAUCAUCUCCAGAACCUUUGCUGAUGGCAAGUCGUGGAGCUACACUUACCUGGACAAGUCCAUGGUGCUCCUGCUCCACAGCCAGCGACAGUACAUCUUCGACUUUGACCUACAAGACAGGCUCUCUGCCAUCACCAUGCCCAGUGUGGCGCGUCACACCAUGGAGACCAUUCGGUCCAUCGGCUACUACCGCAACAUCUAUCAUCCACCUGAGAGCAACGCCUCGGUCACCGUGGAUUACACCGAGGACGGACAACUUCUCCGUGUGGCACACUUGGGCACUGGGCGCCGCAUCCUCUAUAAGUACAGGAGGCAGAACAAGAUCUCAGAGAUCCUGUAUGACAGCACACGUGUGAGUUUCACGUAUGACGAGACUGCCGGCGUUUUGAAGACGGUCAACUUGCAAAGUGAAGGUUUUAUCUGCUCCAUCCGAUAUCGCCAGAUCGGCCCUUUAGUGGACAGACAGAUCUUUCGAUUCAGCGAGGACGGCAUGGUCAAUGCCCGCUUUGACUACUCGUAUGACAACAGCUUCCGGGUCACCAGCAUGCAAGGGGUCAUUAACGAGACGCCGCUUCCCAUCGACCUUUACCAGUUCGAUGACAUUUCUGGCAAAGUGGAGCAGUUUGGCAAGUUCGGAGUGAUCUAUUACGACAUCAAUCAGAUUAUCUCGACAGCAGUCAUGACAUACACUAAGCACUUUGAUGUCCACGGCCGCAUCAAAGAAAUCCAGUAUGAGAUCUUCCGGUCCCUCAUGUACUGGAUCACCAUCCAGUAUGACAACAUGGGCCGGGUCACCAAGCGCGAGAUCAAGAUCGGACCUUUUGCAAACACGACCAAAUACAGCUAUGAGUACGACGUGGAUGGCCAACUGCAGACCGUUUACUUGAACGAGAAGAUGAUGUGGCGUUACAGCUAUGAUCUCAACGGCAACCUGCACUUGCUAAACCCGGGUAACAGCGCUCGCCUCACGCCGCUUCGUUAUGAUCUUCGUGAUCGCAUCACGCGCCUUGGCGACGUACAGUACCGGAUGGACGAAGACGGAUUCCUGCGCCAGAGAGGCACCGAGAUCUUCGAGUACAACUCCAAAGGCCUACUGGUACGAGUCCAUAGCAAGGCCAAUGGGUGGACUAUUCAGUAUCGUUACGAUGGAUUGGGGAGGCGACUGGCAUCCCGUAACAGCCUCGGCCAGCACCUUCAAUACUUCUAUGCCGACCUGAACUACCCUACACGUAUCACCCAUGUCUACAACCAUUCCAGCUCAGAGAUCACCUCGCUCUACUAUGACCUCCAAGGCCACCUGUUUGCUAUGGAGAUUAGCAGUGGAGAGGAGUUCUACAUCGCCUGUGACAACACCGGAACUCCACUAGCUGUCUUCAGCAGUAAUGGGCUGCUACUUAAGCAGGUUCAGUACACUGCUUAUGGAGAGAUCUACUUUGACUCCAACCCUGACUUUCAGCUGGUAAUUGGGUUCCAUGGGGGAUUGUAUGACCCACUUACAAGGCUCCUUCACUUUGGAGAACGAGACUACGACAUCCCUGCUGGCCGCUGGACCACUCCAGAUAUUAGCACCUGGACCAGAGUGGGAAAAGAUCCUGCCCCAUUUAACCUGUACAUGUUCCGCAAUAAUAACCCUAUUAGCAAAGUGCAUGAUGUCAAAGAGUAUGUUACAGAUGUCAACAUCUGGCUGGUAACAUUUGGCUUCCAUCUUCAUAAUGCCAUCCCUGGAUUCCCAAUUCCUAAAUUUGACCUUACACAGCCAUCACUGGAGAUGAGAAAGAGUCAGCUCUGGGAUGAUCUUCCGGCCAUCUCAGGCGUCCAGGAGGAGGUGACACGACAGGCCAAGGCGUUCUUAUCUUUCGAGAGGAUGCCGGAGAUCCAGUUUAGCCGGCGCCGCAGUGCAUGGGAUAAACCCUGGCUGUGGUUCGCCACCGUCAAGUCGUUGAUCGGUAGAGGCGUGAUGCUUGCGAUCACCAGCAAAGGCCAAGUUGCCACAAAUGCCCUGAACAUUGCCAACGAAGACUGCAUCAAGGUGGCCGCGGUGCUGAACAAUGCCUUCUACCUAGAAGACCUGCAUUUCACAAUUGAGGGUCGCGACACACAUUACUUUAUUAAAACAAGCCUUCCUGAAAGUGACCUGGGGGCCUUGCGGCUGACGAGCGGCCGGCGUAGCCUGGAGAACGGCGUGAAUGUGACCGUGUCCCAGUCCACCACCGUAGUGAACGGGCGUACGCGGCGCUUCGCAGACGUAGAGCUACAGUACGGCUCGCUGGCGUUGCAUGUACGGUACGGCAUGACACUGGAUGAGGAAAAGGCAAGAGUGCUUGAGCAGGCCAGGCAACGAGCUCUCGCAAGCGCAUGGCAAAGAGAACAGCAAAGGGUCCGAGAGGGCGAAGAAGGUGCCAGGCUCUGGACUGAAGGUGAGAAACGGCAACUACUGAGCUCAGGAAAGGUUCUGGGCUAUGACGGCUACUACGUCCUCUCUGUGGAGCAGUACCCCGAACUAGCCGACAGUGCCAACAACAUCCAGUUCUUGAGGCAGAGCGAGAUCGGGAAGAGGUAACAACCGACUGCACGGCGAUGCUUUAGCUGGGAAGAAGCAACAACAACAGACUGUACUGUGCCUAGCUGCCUCUUUCGUUCACCGUGUAGAAAAGACCUGAGAUAAGCUCUGAAACCCGACACGUCUCUCCCUCUGCAGCAUCGACAUGAACUCUUUCUGAAAGCACUCAAUAAGAAAUUUUUUUAAAUAAAAAAUAAAUAAAAAAAACUGCUUUAGCUUGGUAGAUGUAAUGGACUGUUACUUAGCUGACAGUUUUCUCAGACUGAGGAGAGAAAUAACGUGAAGAAAUGACUCAAGCGCUCAGUACCGCCUCAGUUGCCUCACACUCUCUUACCCCAAUACCCCCACUCUAUACCGAAUAUACUCACUAAUAGCCCCCUUCCCCAUCACAGGGUAGACAGAAGCCGCCUCUAUUUUACCGUGUACAAAAACCCUAAGAACAUAUUUCUUCACGCUGCAGCAUCCGAUGGACAAGCAAAGUUUCUCUGAAGGACUCUUGAUAAAUGAUUUUUAAAAACUCUUCGGAUCUUUUUUGUGCUUUUUUUGUAUAAAAUUCUUUAACGACGGUACGCAUAACGGAUUUAAAAAAAAGGAAGAAAAGAAAGGAACGUGUUUACAAAACCACUGCACUUGGCUAACGGACUAACGUGUACAGAGCCUCUGGGUCGCAACUUUCACUCGGGAAGUUCUUCUUGAAAAAAAAUAAAAUAAAAAAAAAAAAUAAAAAUUAAAAGUUUUGUGGAUGUUGUGGGUACAGAGACGUACAGCCGUGAGAACUGAACGAUCCUUUCCUGCUUCGCUUUCUUUUGAAGACGCUGUUACGAUUCAAGUAUUCAGUCGAGUCUGCGUGUUCGAUGUCAUUGCUGAACCAGCUGGCGGAUGUAGAGUAGAGAGCAAAAACUAAAGUAAAAAUUAUAUAUCCUAACUGGCCUGUCUUUUGACAAGAGAUGUGAGAGUUAUCUUUAUGAAUUUUUUUUUAACUUAAAAAAAAAAUCCACUUAUCCAUACAUCAAUAUUAGUCUCAGAGAAAGUAAUUUAUGUACAGUGUUUAUACAUACAAAAAAAAUACAAAAACAAAAAUAAAUCCUUAAGAAUAUUGACUUUCUUUUUACCGUCUUGUCAUGCAUUACUGUUUACACUUCAUGAAGUUUAAUAUUUGAUCUUAUCAGAAUUUAUGGUAAUGCUAAUCAAAAUAAAAUCAGCUGUACUGUCUCAUUAAUCUCUGCAUUUUCAUCUCGUACUGUUUGUUUUGCACACGUUUUGUUUUUUAUUUUUGUGGGUUUUUUUAAGCUCUUGGCCGGUUUCAUUGCUUGCCUGCUUUUUCACUGUAAUCGAUGGAGGUGAUGUACGCCGGAUGUCGAGCUGCGGUUCAAUAACAGCCUAUAGAUAUUAGUUAGAAAUAAAGCGGGAUACAGAUUCAAAUGUUGGGUGUUUUCUGUUUACUCGCAGGAAACUACUCGGGGCUGUACUCUGUACAUGUCAUGUUUCAAACGCAGGUUAAGAUUUUUUUUAAAAAUCGAUCACCUCAACUGGAACUAUGGACUCGAGUCGUGACUUUUAGAAAAAGCAUGGAAAACGGAGCAAAUCGGAUUCACAGGCAAAAAAAUUAAUGCGGGCGAGAAACGAAAAACUUCAUUCACGUGCAUCUCCUCACGGUUGAAAGUCGAUUCGUUUUAUAGCUCGAUUUUGUUUGUCUAUUUCUGAGGCCUUCAAAAAAAGAGAACGUACCUCGGUUUUUUUGUUGUUUUUGUUUUCCUUUUUUUACUUAUUUACUUACUACGAAACUUAUUUUUUUAUUAAUAUGCGAAUGAAAAAGGAUGUGAAAAAGGGAUAGUGGUCGGGCAGUUCCCCCGCAAUGAUGGUGAUGGUGGGUUUGGAACUCUUUUCUGAUCGUUGUGCUUUGUGUCAAGCGCUGUGCGUUUGGCUGCUCUGAUCUUAGAAAUGCCAAAUUCUUUCCUUGUUUGACAAUCCGGUUCCCACUGCAAUUAAAUGCGGUGACUUCGUACCCCUCCCUGAGGUGACACAGCAGCUCUGCACCCCUCACUCGGCUCCUGGAGGCGCUGCGGUGGCUUUGUGCCCCCCACUCCCCUCCUUGAGGUGUUGUGGCAGCUUCGUGCCCCCCACUCCCCCCCUUGAGGCGUUGCGCCGGCUUUGUGCCCCCCACUCCCCUUUUUUAGGCUUUGCAGCGGUAUUGUGCCCCCGACUCCCCUCCUUGAGGUGUUGCGGCGGCUUCUUGCCCCCCACUCCCCUUCUUGAGGCAUUGACAUGGCUUCUUGCCCCCCACUCCCCUCCUUUAGGCGUUGCGGCGGUAUCGUGCCCCCCAUUCCCUUCCUUGAGGCAUUGCGGCGGUAUCGUGCCCCCCACUCCCUGCCUUGAGGCGUUGCGGCAGCUUCAUGCCCCCCCACUCCCCUCUUUGAGGUGUUGCGGUGGAUUCACACCCCUCGAGCAGUUAACGAAUUAUAAAAGCAGCUACAUUUUGAGCACACGUCACGUCGCACAGAACGCCAUUUCUUUGGCACUUACCGCGAUACACGAUUCUUACGAAGGCCAUGGCGGUUAGCAAAUAGGGAACGGUUGGCAAGAAAAGAACAAGGUGAUCAAGGUUUUCUUUGCCAUAUGUUGCAUGCGUAUGAUGUAAAACUGCCUAUCUGAAACCAUUUCACCCACUUUAAAGGUCAUGUUCAGAAGCCGGGUGUUUGAACGCACUGCUUUGAUGGAUUAUUUACUGUAUCUGCUUCUACUCCAGCUCAUUAUGGAUGUGUGUGAAAAUGUACUGAAUGUUUUCUUUCUCCAUCUCCAUCUCCAUGGCUCCUCUCUGUCUCGUAGCUCUGUACGGCCUCAUGCAGGUCCCUCAAAGUUUUAAAGUAGGAUGUAAAAAAAAGAAAAAAACUAUAUGCCUUGUUUAUAUGCAUUUUUUCUGUUUUAUGGGAAAGAUUUUUUUUUUUACAGAUAUGUUCCUUUUUGUACUAUUUAAAAAAAAGGUAAAAAGGUAAAAAGCGGGCGUGAGGAAGAACUGUCUCACGGUCUGCUAGUGAAGGGACUACGGAUGCGCCACACUCAUGUUUCUGUUUGUUUUUGAGCGACAGAUCUUGAGGUUUUCUUGUUUGUUUGCUUGAUAAGGUACAGAAAAUAAAUGUCUGGAGUGCAAUUAAGAGACUGGAUACACGUUAACGAGACUUCGGGACGUCAAAAAGCAUUGAGUUUAAUGCACUGUUCAAUCCAAUCUAAAUUUCAGUCUGAUAACACAUGUUUUACUGCCACAGAAGUUGGAAAGGAAGCAGGAACCUCCGACUUGUUCAUCUGAUGUAUUAACUACUGACAGAAGCAACGUGUGAAACACGUGUGAAAAUGUGUAUCCAGACCUUUAAGUGCAAAUGUAAACUAAUCUCAAGUAGGUCGAUGCUGGACCCAUUUACAUUUUUACUUUGCAACAUGUUAAUGCUCCACAGACGCCAAUCAUUUAAAUAAAAACAUAAUACUCAUA